UAUCAGUCGAUAUUUGAAACAUCAUGUUGUUCUGCGUAAUAUCAUUGUCAAUGUCAUUGUCGACAAUAAUUCUUAUUGUUUAUUUAUAUUUAUCAUGGUAUUUUAAUUAUUGGAAACGACAAAAUAUUGCCGGUCCUCGACCUCAACUACUUAAAGGAACAUUUCCCAAAACCUAUGCUGGGAAAUGUAAUUUACUUAAUGAAUUGCAUGAAAUUUAUAUGCAUUAUAAAUACAGAGAAAGUUAUGUGGGUGUUUUUAUGGCACGCAGUCCAAAAUUAUUUAUUUUGGAUCCCAAAUUAAUUAAACAAAUACUUACGCAGCAAUUUACUAAAUUUCGUGAUAAUGAAUCGUCACAGUGGUCUUCUGAGAAAGUAGAACAAUUACGAUUUGGAAGUCCCUUUGUUUCGGUCGGUGAGGUGUGGAAAGAAAAAAGAUCAGAGUUGGUUCAAGGUCUAACAGUAAAUAGGAUUCGCAGCCAUUAUGAAAUAAUGAAGGAAAGUGCUUCCGAAAUGAUCGCCUUCAUUAAAGCUCAAGAUCCCAUAAUCGAAUGGGAUGCCAAAGAUCUGGCAAAUCGUUUCACUUGUCACAUAAUGUCCAAAUUUAUAUGGGGCAUUGAUGAGAAUACUUUCGAAACCUUAGACAAACACUCUACCAUACAUGAAAUAGCGGAUCAGAUGUUAAAACAAUCUUUAAAAUGUGUACAGUAUUAUGGUAAAACCGCCGCCUGGCCAUGGUUAAGAAAAAUACAACCUGAACGUUUUUUCCCGGCCGUAUCUGAUGGUUUUUUCAAACAAUUGGCCAAGGAUGUCAUGCAACAGAAAAUUGCCACAAAUAAUAAACAAAAUGAUGUGAUCAAUCACUUGUUGCAGCUGAAGGAGAAAAAAUCUUUAAAUGAUGUACAAAUCGCUGGACAUACGACAACUGUGCUGAUUGAUGGCUUUGAAACGGGGGCCAUUGUAAUAGCCCACUGUUUGCUAUUGUUGGCUCGUCAUCAAAGAGUACAGAAAAAACUACGCCAAGAGUUGUUAGAGGCCGGCGACACGAUAACUUAUGACCAAUUAAUGGAAUUACCUUAUUUGGAUCAAUGUAUUCAGGAAACUUUAAGAUUAUUUCCUCCUCUAGCUACUUUAUUUAAAAUUUGUACCGAAUCUUUUGAGCUACAAAAUGAAUUUUCUGGUUCCAGAGUUUUACUAAAGCCUCAAGAUAUUGUUUAUAUAUCAGCAUAUUCUCUACAUCACGAUCCAGAUUAUUAUGAAAAUCCUGAGGAGUUUUGGCCCGAAAGAUUUAAUCAGGAAUUGGGUGGUGUUAAGAAGUAUAAAGAUAUGGGAGUAUUUUUGCCAUUCGGGGAUGGACCCAGAAUGUGUCCAGGCAUGAAAUUGGGUUUAUCGGAGGUUAAGGUGGCUGUAGCUGAAUUAUUGAAAACUUUUGAAUUGUCUUUAUGUGCUGGCACACGUUUGGAUAAUAAAAUUGCAGCGGAUUCAUUUCUGUUGACUCUAGAUGGAGGUAUUAGAGUGUAUUUUAAAUGCUUAAAGGAUUAAAUAAAUAAAAUAAUAAAUUGAUGUUA